AUGGUGGAUACGCGAAGUCAUUCCUUCGAGGAUACUUCUUCCUCCAGCAAUCACUAUAUGCCACUAACCUCCUCGUCCCGAUCCGAGUCUGACCAGAACGUUGGAUCGCUUCGAAUUACUGAGUUUGCAACUAUCAAUUUACGAUUGACCGACUCACCCGCCAGCUCUCAGAACUCACUAGUCCUCAGACCCAUACCGAAAGCUGUCAAUAUAGUGCCGCACUUGCAAGAGAACAGAGACGCAGCCUCUCCCACUCCUAGCUCCCCUAAACGGGGACGAAGAUUUUCCAGGGGAUCCCCAAAUGGAAAUUCAUCGCAAGCGACUUUCCACGGUCCGGCCUCGCCGGACAGAUUCAUCCCAAAGCGGGAAUUCGGACUACAUUCGGCGACUUCAUAUCGUGUUAACAAGCACCAUUAUCAAUUAUCGCCUCAAGAAAGAAUUACCAGAAGGCGUCUACCCGGAGAAGACCCGUUCCUCCCAGCAGCUCACCAGUCUUCAACCUUUGCCAGACAGAGACCAACCCCAACUCGCCCUCUUCAAAGACCACACCGACCUCAUCUCGUCGCCGACUGGGCUGCCUUGGCUGAUGCUGCUCCCAAUGAGUUCCACCGAAGAAUCAGCGCGGGAGCUGUCUGGAACGUUGGUGGAACUGCCGCAGUUCUUGGACAGCCUCCUGAGACAGUGUCAAAUGACCCACGGAGUGUCUCUGGUCGAGACGCAGGGUCAACAGCUUUCGUGGCAAGAUUCCUGCCCAAAAUCUCACGCCAUGAUGAUCUGAACAAGCAUGAGUCAAGACUUGCACUCGCCUUGGAUAUUGACCCGACAACUAGACUCCUGGGUACCUGUAUUGCCCGUCAAGAAAAGUCUCCCAGUCCGGCAUCUCCAGACUACGAACGAUAUUCACCGUAUGUAUGGAAGGACAGUGCCUGGAAGAAGGUUGAGAGGGGACAUUGGCCGACAAAGCUUGCCAAACGUGGAGUCGUUCCCUCCAAGCCUUUUCGGAUCCUAGACGCUCCUUUUCUACGAGAUGAUUUCUACUGCUCAACACUCGCGUACUCCUACACAGCUGGUGUAUUGGCUGUGGGUCUCGGCCAAUACGUCUACCUCUGGUCCGAAGGCUCAUCUCUAGAUCAUCCACCUUUCGGAGAUGCUCAUCCGUCCAAUUACGUGACAUCCCUUUCGUUCUCUUCUGAAGAGGGAGGGAAGAGCAUCCUCGCCGUUGGGCGCCAGUCUGGUCAGAUAUCUCUGUGGGGUGCCUUUGAGCCCAAAGUUCGCUUCGAGGUCAGCCAUCCCCGCAGCAUUUCUUGCAUCUCGUUCAAGCCCAAUACUACUCGCCGACUUUCGGAAAGAUAUACCAACUUGGUAGUCAACGCAGAAGACCUGGCGGUUGGAGAUGAACUGGGCAGUUUCUGGUACUACUCGGUUGAGUGGCCGGAGAUUAACAGCAAGUGGAGUUGGACAGGAUCCAUGACACUACUUGCAAAGAUCUCGGCACACUCCCAGCAAAUAUGCGGAAUAGCAUGGUCGCCGGAUCAGCGGUUUCUUGCCACCGGCGGUAACGAUAACGUCUGCCUGCUGUUUGAACUGCGUAAAAUCAUUCCUCCGUCGCUCAGCGAUGGCCCUGUGUCCCCUGAAUCAACGGCUUCAUCUGGUGGUAUUAGUGGUCCUGCCGUUCCAAGUCUCAAUUUGGGUACGAUGCCACGACACUCGCUCAGCGGGCAACGUAUCGUUAGCCAUAUACUGCCAUCAUGGUUCCACCCACCACCCAUCAGGCCUUCUAUGGCAGCGCCUCUCCUGAGCCAGGCAGGCACUCUCAUUUCCGGGAGGGGUAAGACAGUGUUGAUUCCGUCGGGCUGCCAGAAGUACCGCUUGCUGCAUUCCGCUGCAGUCAAGGCAAUUGCAUUUGCACCGUGGCAGCCAUCGCUGCUGGCGACAGGGGGAGGAUCUAACGACCGGGCAAUUCGUUUCUGGCACACUCGCACGGGAGUGUGUCUUGCGACUAUCAACGUAUUUGCGCAAGUGACUAGUCUGAUUUGGAGUCAGACUCGGCGUGAGAUUGUUGCAACUUUUGGAUAUGCUCAACCCGACCACCCGAUCCGAAUUGCCGUCUUUGCGUGGCCCAGCUGCGCCCAGGUCGCCGUCAUUCCCUGGGGACCGUAUGGAACCAGCUGGGACGGACCCGACCCUGAACCCAGAUACGACUGUGGACGGGCUCUUUGGGCUAUUGGCUAUCCAGGACGCGCUCCUCGACCGCCGAGUAUGACACCAGAUAACUCCGACAUACUCGCUUCACCCGCGUCCCGAUCGCCUACUCCUUCGCCCACUCGAUCACAAUCGACAGAGCAUGGAAGCAGCUCCACCACCAGACGCAAGAGAAAGUCGCGCGCCGUUCAGCCCAAAGAGAAAGAGGGUGGGAUGUGGUGCACACGUACCAUAGAGGAGGGAUGUAUUAUCGUCGCAUCCAGCGACCAGACCGUCAAGUUCCAUGAAGUUUGGACGGGCCGCCGCACAAGUACCGGGUCUGCGGCGUGUGGACUCUUCGGAGGCAGUGAUAUUCUGGAAGGCAUGGAGGGGAUCGAGAAAUCCGGCAGUGAAGUCAUUCGCUAG